CUCUUGAAAAACUGGAAGAUCCUUCCAGACUUGGCCCACAUGGCCGCAGUUAGCUGGAGCCGGGUGAAGCUGCCCCUUGGCUGGGCUGUGUGUGCCUCACUUUUCAAGGUCAGCUCUCAUUGAUGUGACUUGUCUGGCCCUCUGGGCAUUUGACUUGUGACCCCCGAUCCCAGCCACUGUCCUACUCUGUUUUAUGGCCGAGUAUCUUACAGCCUUCCAGAGAGGCCCAGGCCGGGAGUGAGCAGUGGUAAAUGGCCACCAGGAAGGAGGAUAAUUGGCUCCAUCGAGGCCCACAUGCUGCUCCUAGCCCCACCCGGGCUUUCAGGGGACAGGAGUUAAGGCCAGGGUGGUAUGGGUGUGCUGAAUUUGCUGAGCUGGCUCCUCUCCAUCUCUUCAUUCAGUCUGAAAGUCAUGACCACAGUUUCCUCAUCCAGGGGGUGGGACAUCUUUCAAAAUAUGAAAGAAAGCAGCCAGUGACCACUCUGGCCCAUUCGUAGGCUUACAAGACCAGCUAUUGCAGCAAAAGGAUAAGCUUCCUGUUUACCAGCCGGCCUGAGACAAAGUGGUUGUGCUUCCUGGCAGUGAGGGACUUGGCACACAGGCUGGGUUCUGUCUGUCAGGACGGCAGGGCUGAAUGCUUGCUCUGUGCUCGGCCGUCACCCCCAUGGCCUGGAUCCUGGAUGCAGGCCACCCUCGGGAGGGCACUUUUGCUUUGGCUCCAGAACCGGCCCUGGUGUUCUGCAAGGAAGCAAAUGAGGGAAGUCUCCAGGAAGCAGGAUGUCAAUGCCUCUGCAGAAACUGGUCCUUUUUGGCAGCAUGGUGGCUGGUGGGAGCUGCACCCUGAUAUAUUACCUUAUACAGAAAGCUUUUUCCAGGGCUUCCUAUUACCAGUCAGCGCUGGAGCAGCUGCACAGCCACCCCGAGGCUCUGGAAGCUCUGGGCCCUCCCCUCAGCGUGCACUAUCUCCACCUCACCGACAGGUACAACUUCGUGGACAUUGCCGAUGCCCAGUUGAAGAUUCCUGUGUCUGGAUCCAAGUCAGAGGGCCAUCUCUAUGUCAGCUCAUCCAGAGAUGCCCCCUUUAAGAGGUGGCACCUUCAGGAGGUCUUCUUACAGCUCAAGGAUGGUCAGCAGAUUCCUGUGUUCAAGCGCAGUGCGGAGAAUGGUGAUGAAGGGAAAAAGGACUGAAGGUGAUCAGAAAGACCCGGCUUUCUCCAAGCAUGGCCUUCCCUCAUCACCAUGUACCCUCCAGGGCCGCGAGCCAGUUUUCCAGCCACCAGGGGCAUGAUUGUGUGUGCUGGCAUAUGGUGAUUCUGCUGUAAUUCUAAUUUGACCACAAUGAACACUAUUGUGGUUUUUUUAUUUAAUCAGAAAGAAACUCACUCUGUUUAUAAGAAUUUAUUUGAAAGUUCUGUAUAUAAAAGCAAAGCACAGAAUAAAAGGAAUCAGUGUGAAUAAUAAAAUGCUUGUUGACUUUU